AUGUAUGUCGCGGAUAUAUUACAUGCCAAAUUCGAGGGCCUUGGAGUGCAUACGCCUGCUGGCAAUCGCUUGAUUGAAUACGAUGCGCUGUCAUACAGCUGGGGAAGUGAGGAGACACCGCAAAUUCUUGUGUGCAAUGGUGUCGAGAUUUCUAUCGGAGAAAACCUCUCGGCGGCUCUGCGAUCAAUUCGAAAUUUCGAGGGCAAGGAUAAAUACCUUUGGGUAGAUGCUAUUUGUAUUGAUCAGAGCGCCAACGAGGAGCGUGGCAAACAAGUAUCAAACAUGUUUAUCAUAUAUCAGAAAGCUGCAAAGGUCAUUGCCUGGAUAGAUUCUGCCGACGAG